AUGCAGAACCAAGCAAAAACCGAAACCACAGAUAUGAUACCGAAGGAAGACGAGUCAAAGGCUGGUCUUCAAUCGGGGACGUUAACAGCCUUGAUUGAUCCUGAGGAUGAAAAACGCGUGAGAAGGAAGAUUGAUUGUGUAGUCCUGCCAUUGAUGUGUUUAGUCUUCUUCUCUCAGUACCUCGACAAGCAGAGCCUCAGUUAUGCUGGUGUAUUUGGGAUGAUGGAAGAGUUACAACUUCACGGAACUCAGUUCUCUUGGUUGGGGUCUAUUUUUUACGUUGGGCAACUGGUGGCAGAGUUCCCGGCCAUGUACCUGAUGAGCCGCUUGCCUCUUGCGAAAUUUGUUGCUGUCAUAGUGAUCCUAUGGGGUGGCAUCUGCAUGUGUCUGGCAGCCGCAACGACUUUCCGUUCCUUCAUGGGUGCUCGAUUUGCCCUAGGAUUGGCUGAAGGUGCCGUCUCGCCUGCCUUUGUGACUCUCACCAGUAUUUGGUAUAAGAAGAAGGAGCAUCCAUUGCGCAUUGGUUUAUGGAUCAGCUGCAAUGGGCUGGCUCAGAUCGUCGGCGCUUUGAUGAUGUAUGGUCUCGGUCACCAGAAAAUGGCCAUUGCCCAAUGGAAGGCUAUGUUCAUCAUCUGUGGUGCUCUUACGGCCUUUCUUGGCAUUCUAUUUUUCUUCUUGAUGCCAGCUGGUCCCGAAACAGCGUGGUUUCUCGACCCUCAGGAGCGACAGAUAGCAACACAGAGAAUGCAAACAGAAACUGAAGGGGGCGACCAGACAGAUUUCUCCAUUCCACAAUUGGAAGAAGCGGUAACAGAUAUCAGGACCUAUCUGAGCUUCCUGUUUGGUGUCCUCAUGACACUACCUGCGCCAGUUAUUGCGUUUGCUUCACUUAUUAUAUACUAUCUGGGAUACUCUAAUUUUGAAACCAUGCUGUACACAUCACCCACGGGUGCAGUUCAGAUUAUCUUCAUAUGGGUCGGGAUUUUUCUCUGCUACCUAUGGCCGAAUCGUCGGUGUGCCAUUGCAAUUGGGCUCACAAUAGUCCCACUCACUGGAAUUAUUCUGCUCUUUGUGCUUCCCUUGUCAGCGGGUUGGGGCAUGAUUGUUGCAUCAUGGUUGGCCUCUGUCAUCUCAAAUAUCUUCUCGAUUUUGCUCAGUUUAAACGCCUCCAAUAUUCGUGGAAACACAAAAAAAUCUAUUGUUAAUGCUCUAUUUUUCGCUGGCUACGCUGUUGGUGCCAUUUGUGGACCAUUGCUCUGGAACACUGAAUAUGCACCCAGGUAUCGCAGUGGCCUCGUGUUGGCUCUUGUUAGCUGGAUUGUGUUCAUUCCAACCGUGUCAGUAUAUUGGUUUUCGUGUGUUUACGAGAACAAGCGUCGAUAUAUAGUCGAGGUGGAUAUCGCCGAGCAUGUGGCUGACAUAGCUGGAAAGGAUUUGACUGACAAACAAGACAAGCAUUUCCGAUACACUCUUUGA